AGUAUGAAAACAAUAAACAACCCGUUGGCUAGAGGAACCACAGAGGACCUGUCGCAUAUUUCAGUGAUAUAUAUUAUUAAAAGCAUCACCGGAGUGACCCGUUUCGAUACAAACAAUCUCUUUUAAACGCUGCUGUGGACAACCUUACGUCCAGAAACGGAGAACUAGGGGAUUUUGGUGUCAAAGGACAGGAAGUUAGACGGUUUUACCCCCCUCUUGUCCACCCUUGUAGGCUUGUAUUAUUGAAUUCUCAUUUUUCCCACACACUACCGAGGGGGUUAAGUCUGUUAUGCAGGACUGGUCUCGUGUUCCGCCGCCUCUCAGCUCCCUCUCCCCGUCUGCUCUGGCCCCAUGUCUCGGUGGCUCUUCCCCUGGUCGGGCUCAAUAAAGAAACGGGCCUGUCGGUACCUACUGCAGCACUACUUGGGCCACUUCUUGGAGGAGAGACUUAGUUUGGACCAGCUGAGCUUGGACCUGUACAAUGGCAGCGGGGUCAUCCGAGAAAUUAAUCUGGAUGUGUGGGCAGUGAAUGAGUUGUUGGAUUCACUGGGAGCUCCUCUGGAGAUUGUUGAAGGUUUCGUGAACAGCAUCGCAGUGACUAUUCCCUGGGCGGCCCUUGUGACAGAACACUGCACUCUUGAAAUCACUGGACUGCAAAUAACAUGCCGACCCAAAUACAGAACCAACGGAAGCUGGGAUUCCCAAGGGUGGUCAUCAUGUAUGACAUCCAGCAUGCAGCUGGCCCAGGAGUGCCUGAAGGACCCACCCGAGGCGUCAGAAGAGCCGCCUGCUCCCCUAGAGGGGCUGGAAAUGUUUGCACAGACUAUUGAGACAGUUCUGCGUCGAAUAAAAGUCACCUUCCUGGACACCAUAGUGCGAGUAGAACACCAUUCCCUGGGCCAUGAGACUGGGGUUGCCUUAGAGAUGCGCAUUAAACGGGUGGAUUAUUGUGAUGAGGCUGUGAGAGACUCAAGCCAGACAGUGCCUGUAGACAUCCACCAGCCACCAGCCUUCCUGCACAAGAUCCUUCAGCUCAACUCUGUAAAGCUGCUUUACGAGACCCUGGGAGGAUCUCAGGGAGUGAUUCAUCCUGAUGACAUGACGAGCAGCAGGGAGACGAAUAAAACAGAUGAAAAUGAUGAAGAUGAAGAAGAUUAUGAAGCUUCUGAUGCCCCUAAAUCACUGCAUCCCACUCAGAAACCCCCUGAACCUCUGCUGAUUGGACAGUGCUCUGGAUUUAUAGAGACAACAGUUAAAGUCAAACAGAAUGAGAUGCUGCCUGGGCCCAAGUUCGAGUUGGAUGGUAAAGUCGGGUGUCUCCACCUGUUGCUGUCACCCAGUCAGAUCACGCACCUCACGGACCUCCUGUCUUCCCUCUGUAUUGAGACAUCAGAGGGGAGUGCUGGUGGAGUUGUGUCUGGUGGAGGGGUUUCUAGACCCCUUGGUACUGAUGACCUCCGAUUGAUUGAAGAGGAUCUUAGUAAGCAGCUGAACUCAGAGAUGUAUGACAGAGACCUGGAGCUGGAUGCAGAGCCCUAUGUACAAACCCUGGAGAACGGAGAGAUGUUUUAUUCCAUGGGUCCCGGAUGUAUGUCCAGCAGUGUGUUGUCGACACGCUCCGGGAGUGAAUUGUCUGACAGCGAUAUGGAGUCCUCCAUUCAUAGCCAGAGCAGCCUGGCACAAACUAACCCUCUGUCUCCACAGGGAAUGCUAAACUGUCCUCGUCGUUAUCCUGUACCAGGAUCCUUUUCUAGUUUGCCUCAAUGUAGCAGACCUUCAAAGCGGUCGUCUCGAGGCGGCCAAUCAGAGCCGAUGAAGCCAGACUCAUUUAUCCGCCUUUCUCUGGGCGGAGUCACACUGACUCUCUUAGAAGAAGACCCGCCUCCUGGGCCAGACGGACUCUCCUCAUUGGCUGAGGUGUCACAGCUGUUUUUCAGUGAGCUUGCUUUCUUUAAGGACAGCAUGUUCAGCGAGAGAGACUUCCAGAACCUAAGAGGAAGCUUUGCUAAAGCGUGUCCCCACUCCCACAUCAGGGUGACUGGUGCAGCAGUGCAGCUGGCCUGUGAGAUGCGUAGCGCAGGGCGGCACAGCCGAGCCACUACCACUGACCUCUCCUUCAGCAGGCUGGAACUGCUGGAGUGCCUGUGGGAUGCAGGCGGACCACAGUACACAGAGCUUUUGCAGUUCCAGUCAGCGGGUGUUUUCACAAUGGGCACCACUGCCAGACCCUGUGCCCAGUUCCAUCACAGUCUGUCCGAGAAGCACAUGCGUAAGAGCGGCAGCAGACGGCGUGUGGUGCGCAGAGACAGCUCACUGCGGGUCGAGCUUGGCGAGCUCAGCUCUGAAUUGGACCUGGAUAUUUUGGGCCGACUAGAGGACAUCCUGCAGGCCCUGAGCCACUGUCCAUCAUCACCCCAGAGAAACAAGGCACACACUGCAGAGUCUCAUUUGUUAGAGUUCCAGUCUUCCCUGCUGCUUCAGUCUCCUUACGCCGUGCUGAAGGUCCGUUUCCCCAUCCCUGACCUUCGACCCCCAGGGCUGAGGCGGCCCCAGAGCCAGCGUGCUGUGCGCAAUGAAACCCUGAGCCUGCAAAUCUCCAAUCUAGAGCUAAAGUCUCAGCAGGGGCCGGACGUUCAGCAGGACGGCCCCCGCAGUCCAGGGGCUAAACUCACCAAAUUACUGGAGGCCUGUUUCAGUGACCUGCACGGAGUGUAUGAGGGCUGGGAUGGAGAGGCAUUUCCCUGUAUUCGUGUACAGAAGAGCCCAGAUCCGCAGAACCCUGAUGGCAUACCCAGGAUUCAGGUGCAGGUGAAUGAAGGAGCCAGCUCUGACAGCAUAGGUGUGUGUGAAGGGCCGAACAGGGAUCUAGGUCUGGGCUCCAUGUCUCUGGAAAACCCCUGUGAGCUGAGAGAAAAGAACAGCUCACCCUUCUCUUCCAACCGCACAAUGUUUGAGACAGAAGAGAUGGUGAUUCCAGCAGACCCAGAGGAGAUGGAGGAGUUCCAGUCUCAGUGUAUAUGUCAGUGUCAGUAUGUGGUUGAUAUCACGUUCCCUGUAGCCUACAUCCUUCUGCCCAGUAAAGAGGCUUUCCUAAGCGUCUAUAACAGGAUUAAUAAUGAUCUAUUGAUGUGGGAGCCUCCUCCACCUCCUCCGUCUCCCCCGCCUGCUCCUCCAUCUUCUUUUCAAAGUUCUCGUAGUCCAUCUCACCAUCACCGACACGAAGAGGAUGAGUUUUACCUCUGUAAAUCUGCCUUCAGGCUGGAAUCUGACUCUGAGGAGGAGGAGCCUCAGUUCUAUUCAGCCAGCCAUUUAAAGCGAAGGAAACAGUUAGAGCCUCAGUCAAGCCACGCCCUCAGUCUGCUCUGUUUGACUGUGCUGAUUGGCAAAGGUCGCCUUCAAGCCAUGACAGACAGCAAGAAUGAAGCUGGACGAAAAGUGGACCUCUGUCAUGGAGAGCUCAUUUUGGACUUGGAAGGAGGGAAGAUUUUUAGUGUGACACAACACCAGAACAAUCCCAAUCUUAAUUUUUUGACUAUAGAAAGCAAACGAGUGGAGCUGUACCAUAAAGCGGAGGUGCCAGACUCCCCUAUUCCUGUGAAACUGGAAAUGCCCAGGUUCACUUUUCCAGCUCAUCUAGACCCUACCAUUUACCCCACAGAGGUGGGUGUGAGCAGCGUCGGUGGCAGAGAAACCGACGUUCAGAUGCUGUCGACUGCUAUCAAAAUCACAUUAGAUCUUGAAAGGAAUGUCAAGGAGUUUCUGGUUGCCCUGCGACUCCAUGGUGCUACUUUAAGACAUCACAUGACGUUGACCAAUCAUAGCUGGCAUGAGCAGAUUGUUGAUUUCCUUGAUGUCAUCGAUGACGACAUUUUAGGCUACACCCCACCUGCUGUCAUCACAGUUCUCCAUACUCACCUGGCCACCUGUGCAGUGGACUACAGGCCUCUUUACCUUCCUCUGCGAGUUCUGUUUACAGCCGAGUCCUUUUCUCUAUCCAGCAACAUCAUUGUGGACACCGCAACCUUUCAUCUCAGGUUUAUCUUAGAUGACUCUGCUUUAUACCUGUCUGAUAAAUGUGAAAGUGACACAGUGGAUUUGAGGCGAGACUAUGUGUGUGUGUUAGACAUUGAUCUGCUGGAACUGGCUAUAACGACUUGGAAAGGAAGUGACUCAAGUAAAUUGACUCAACCACUGUUUGAGCUGCGGUGUUCUAAUAAUGUUGUUCACGUACACACCUGUGCGGACUCGUGCGCUGCUCUGGUUAACAUGCUGCAGUACCUGGUUUCACAGGGUGAUCUACACCCUCCUCCUCGCCACACGUCCCCCACAGAAAUCGCUGGACAGAAGCUUCCACUGUCAGAAAGUCCCGCCUCCCUUCCAUCCUGCCCACCAGCCGAGACUGCAGAGAUUAACCAGUACGACCUCACAGAUGCCUUGAUCGACACUGAGAGAAUUCUACAAGAAGACACCCAAGAUUCUGGUUCUCCAUCCAUCCGUCGAGCCUCACCUGUCUCAGUCUAUCUGUUCCCGGAUGAAGCCCCCAAGCUCCGCCCCUCUGUUCUUGAAGGGGAGGAGUCUGAUAUUGAUGGACUGGUGAGCACUGCCAUGGAGGCUCAUGCAGAUAUGAUGUCAGAGGAAGGCUCAGAAUGUUCCACAGACAACGACGACUUUUGCAUCCUAGAGGCUCCUGGGAUGGGCAUACCACCUAGAGACGGUGAGCCUGUGGUGACUGUUCUCUCCCAGGGCCCUAUAAAGGUGCGGGAUGGAUAUUACUCCUGGCCGCGGGGCAGUUCAGAUCUGCUGCGUGCCCCAACCCGCUUCCCAGUGCCUCAGAACAGAGUGGUGCUCCGAGAAGUGUCUGUCGUCUGGCAUCUGUAUGGUGGCAAAGACUUUGGUGGCAAACCCAGCUCAGCCCACACACCACACAGUCAUAAAGUUCGUUCUGCUGCCCCCGGAGCUCGUGGUUCUCCAUCCCGUUCAGCAGGUCCCUCGCGACCCCAGAACUCCUGGCGGUGGGUUGGAGGAAGUGGCCGUCAGCACACACUGCUCAUGGAGAUACAACUGACAAAGGUCAGUUUCCAGCAUGAGAUGUACCCGGUGGUGAUGCCUUCUGCUGCAGGUCCGGAUACAGAAGCGCCAGGCCUCGGAGAGCAGCCUAUCUCCCGCCAGGUGUUUAUCGUCCAGGAGCUGGAGGUGCGAGACCGCCUGGCUUCCUCUCAGAUCAACAAGUUCCUGUACUUGUACACUAGUGAGAGCAUGCCACGCAGAGCCCACUCCAACAUGUUGACGGUGAAAGCGCUGCAGGUGAUGCCUGAAUCGGGUCUGGGUGGACCAGAAUGCUGUCUGAGAAUUAGUCUGUUACCACUGCGACUCAACAUUGACCAGGAUGCCCUUUUCUUCUUAAAGGACUUUUUCAGUAACAUGGCUGCAGGAGUUACUCCAUACCUGCCUGUGGACCCUGCAGCUGAGGUGAGGACUGACGCUUCUCAGAAGGCUCCAGACGACACCGAUCCUGGCUCUGCGUUGGGUCACGAUCUCGCUGCUUCCGUAGAAACAACUUACAGUGAGCAGAGCUCGUCCUCCGCUGGCUCCUCGUCCUCCUCCGACCAACCCAUCUACUUCAGAGAGUUUCGUUUUACUUCUGAAGUGCCAAUCUGGCUGGACUAUCACGGAAAGCGUGUGGUUAUCGAGCAGGCAACGUUUGCAGGCAUUCUGAUCGGUCUGGCUCAGCUUAAUUGCUCUGAACUGAAGCUGAAGAGAUUGUGCUGUAGACACGGUCUUUUGGGUGUUGAUAAGGUGAUUCAAUAUGCUGUGAACGAGUGGCUUACAGACAUCAGGAAGAACCAGCUGCCGGGGAUUCUGGGAGGUGUCGGCCCCAUGCAUUCAGUUGUACAGCUUUUCCAUGGGGUGCGUGAUCUGUUCUGGAUGCCUAUUGAGCAGUACCGGAAGGAUGGACGCAUUAUACGAGGCCUCCAGAGGGGGGCAGCAUCGUUCGGGACCUCCACAGCCUCUGCUGCUCUGGAGCUCAGCAACAGACUGGUGCAGGCUAUUCAGGCCACUGCAGAAACAGUCUAUGACAUCUUAUCUCCAACUCCGCCUCUGACGCGUUACAUCACUGAGGGACGUCCUGCUCCCCGUCCCAGACGCACUCCUCAACCAGCUGACCUCCGAGAGGGUGUGGCCAAAGCCUAUGACACCGUCAGAGAGGGAGUGAUUGACACCGCUCAGACUCUGUGUGACGUGGCGUCUCGCGGACACGAGCAGAAAGGUCUUCCUGGAGCAGUGGGCGGGGUUUUGCGGCAGAUCCCGCCCACUGUGGUCCGUCCACUUAUAGUCGCCUCAGAAGCCACUUCCAACCUGCUGGGAGGAAUGAGGAACCAAAUCAAACCAGACGCACGCAAAGAGGACUUCUUAAAAUGGCGCACCGAAGAUGGCCAAGAAUGAUUUUGUUAGUGUGAAUGCGAGAGUGUGAGUUCAUCUGUGAGUAUCAAUGCAAAAACAAAGGACAAAUGAACCAUUUUUAAAGUGGCUUCCACAUAGUUCGCACACUUUGUUCCAUGCAAUGCAAAUGUUUUCGUCUUGCACUUUUUGCUAGAAGCCUUGCGCUCUAGACAACCAAGUGCAGCUCAGUCUCAUAUUGUCACAUUGAAACUUAUGCAAUCAUAUCAGUCUGUAUCUUUGUUUACUCUGUGAGCUGAAGAUCAGAUGGUUCCACUUUCUUGCACACUAUUCUCCCUCUGAAGUAUUACGAACAUGUUGAGUUGUAAUUAAGGUAAGGUGAAAUGCUCAUUAAAGGAGCGUUCCACUAUUUUGGAAGGUUUACAAGUCAUCUAUGGGUAAGCAGUUUUAGCCGUCUUGACAAUUAAGCUGAUAUCUGGGGUCUUGGAAAAGCACUUUUAGCUUAGCUUAGCAUAAAUCAUUGAAUUGGAUUAGACCAUUAGCAUUGUGCUCAAAAAUAUCCAAUGUUUCAAAAAUUUUCUUAUUUAAAGCUUUUUGUAGUUACAUCUUGUACUAAGAAAAUUAAAACGAUGCUAUUUCAUAGGCUGAUACAGCUAGGAACUAUACUCUCAUUCUUAUGUAGUAAUCGAGGAACUUUGCUGCUGUACCACGGCUGUAGCAGGCACAGUGAUAUUAUAGAUCGUCGCUGGUACAUGCUCCCUAUGCAAGCAGAUAGUCAUGUUGGAAUUUACAAAGCCUGGGACUAUUUUCAGGUGCUGCAGAAUAUCAUUGCGUCUGCUGCAGUCGUGUUACAGCAUAAAAGUUCCUUGACUAUUACCCCAGACUGAGAGUAUAGUUCCUAGCUAUAUCAGCCUAGAUUAUAGCAACUUUUCAAUUUCCAUCACUCUUAGUCCACAAUGUAACUACAGAAGAAUCGAGCUUAAAUAGGAAAUUUUUGAAACUCUUUGAGAAUUUUUGAGCGAGAUGCUAAUGGUCUAAUCCGAUUCAAUGAUUUGUGCUAACCUAAGCUAAAGUUCUUCUGCUUGGCCCGGAGAUUGGCUGAAUGGAUUAAAAAAUGGUGAAACUCAACUAGCUUAGCAUAAAUCAUUGAAUUGGAUUAGACCAUUAGCAUCAUGCUCAAAAAUGUCCUAUGUUUUAAUAAUAUUUUAAUUUAAAGCUUGACUCUUUUGUUGCUACAUAUUGUACUAAGAGCAUUAAAAAAAUUGAUAUUUUCUAGGCUGAUAUAGCUAGGAGCUAUACUCUUAUUCUUGGGUAGUAAUCAAGGAACUUUGCUGCUCUACCACGGCUGUAGCAGGCGCAAUGAUAUUAUGGAUCGUCACUGGUACACACUCCCUGUGCAAGCAGAUACUCAUGUUGGAAUUAGCAAAGCCUGAGACUUUUUUUUAGGUGCUACAGAAUGAUUGCGUCUGCUGCAGUCGUGUUUUGGCAUGAAAGUUCCUUGCCUAUAACGCCAGACUGAGAGAAUAGUUCCUAGCUAUAUCAGCCUAGAUUAUAGCAACUUUUCAGUUUCCAUCACUGUUAGUCCACAAUGUAACUACAGAAGAAUCAAGCUUUAAAUAGGCAAUUAUCUAAACUCUGAUAAUUAUUGAGCGAGAUGCUAAUGGUCUAAUCCGAUUCAAUGAUUUGUGCUAAGCUAAGCUAAAGUUCUACUGCUAGGCCCGGAGAUCGGCUAAAUGGAUUCAAAAAUGGUAAAACUCAACUAGCUUAGCAUAAAUAAUUGAAUUGGAUUAGACCAUUAGCAUAAUGCUCAAAAAUGUCCUAUGUUUUAAUAAUAUUUUAAUUUAAAGCUUGACUCUUUUGUAGCUACAUAUUGUGAUAUUAUGGAUCAUCACUGGUACACACUCCCUGUGCAAGCAGAUAGUCAUGUUGGAAUUUGCAAAGCCAGAUGCUGCAGAAUAUUAUUGCAUCUGCUGCAGUUGUGCAUAAAAGUUACAGAAGAAUCAAGCUUUAAAUAGGCAAUUAUCUAAACUCUGAUAAUUAUUGAGCGAGAUGCUAAUGGUCUAAUCCGAUUUAAUGAUUUAUGCUAAGCUAAGCUAAAAGUGCUCCUGCCAGGCCGGGGAUCGGCUGAAUGAAUAAAAAAAUGGUAAAACUCAACUAUUAAAAUCUUUGAGACUAUAAAUGAGCCUGUUUACUAAAAAAAAGUGGUGUGUUCCUUUAAAAGCGUUGAGUUACAUAGUUGUCAUUUAACACUAAGAAAGUGAUUCUUCUUCGUCUUCUUGUGUUUUUAACAUGGUCCACAAUCCUUAUGUCUUUGUGCCAUAAAUCAACAUUCUUGUUUUGUCCUCUCUUUAUACUAAAAGAGUUUUGUAACUCUCUUUAAAAGCCUAAACGAAUACUAAUUUCAUUGCUCGAGUGGUGCGGUCAUGAAGGAAGAAUUGUGUUUUUUUUUUGGCUCUUUUCAGGGGAAUCUUGCAAAAUGUCCAGGUCAUAUUUCAGCCCAAAAUAAAAACAUGACUAAGAAAUUACGUUUAAAACACACACUGUGGCAUUUCACAUUUUUGUUUUCAUGAAAAGUGGGCAUAUUUGCAUCUCAUACACUAAUAGUUUUAAUUUCAAAUCAUUGUUAUAUAUAAAGACUUUGCUAUUUUAUCAUAAUCCUUUCUUCCAAGUUGCAGUAAUAAUUACUUUUAUUAAUUACAACAAUGACAAUUAUGGACAGAAAUGCGUUAAAUUGCCAUGAAAAACCUACAAAAACAAUGACUUUCUCUUCAAUGAAUAUAGAAUUUCUUUGGAUUUUCUGGUGAAAUGUGACCCAGAAGUACUCUUGAUAGAUUCAACCUUUUAUCUGCCAUUUACCAUGCUUGCUUUCGUCUCAUUAGUUGCCUUCCUACACGUUUUAAACAUUUUAUUUCAUAUUUGUAAUGACUAAUGAAAUGUAAAAAAAUGAAGGUGAGGAGUCAGGCGGUCGACCGAGAUUAAGUGGGUAACGUUACAUUCGCAUCUUUGUUUUUGUUAAUUGCAUAACAGUGUAAGGGAAGUGCGUUUUGGCGUGUGUUUUUACAUGUGUGUACAGUGUGUGUUCUAUGUGAGUGUGUCAGGACGUGCAUGCCAGUGUGUGUGUGUUGAUGGUUGACUGACAGGCUAUGUGAUUUAUAGCUAUCAGUGUGCGUUUGUUUCUUCUGUAAUUACAACUAUAUCAUACGCUGUAAGAAUUACCUGUAUAGUACCAAGACAAUGUGUAAACUAAUUAAUACAAAAAAAAGGAAUAAAAAUGUGCAUUUGAAAAA